AUGGGUGAUUGGAACUUGCUGGGGAGCAUCUUGGAGGAGGUUCACAUACACUCCACCAUCGUGGGAAAAAUCUGGCUCACAAUCCUCUUCAUCUUCCGCAUGCUUGUGCUUGGAGUCGCUGCGGAAGAUGUCUGGGACGACGAGCAGAGCGAAUUUGUGUGCAACACAGAGCAACCUGGUUGCAAGAACGUCUGCUAUGACCAGGCGUUUCCCAUCUCCCUCAUCCGCUACUGGGUCCUACAGAUCAUCUUCGUCUCUUCGCCGUCUUUGGUUUACAUGGGACACGCACUUUACCGACUCCGAGCUCUGGAGAAGGAACGGCACAAGAAGAAAGCUCAACUAAAGAUGGAGCUGGAGGAAACAGAGGCUGUUUUAGACGAACAUAAAAGGAUUGAGAAGGAACUUAAAAAGCAUGAAGAGCAGAAGAAAGUGAGGAAGGCUCCUUUGAGGGGUUCCUUACUGCGGACGUACGUGUUGCAUAUCUUGACCAGGUCGGUGGUGGAGGUUGGAUUCAUAGUGGGGCAGUACAUGCUGUAUGGUAUCGGACUGGCCCCGUUGUACACGUGCGAGCGCGACCCCUGUCCCAACAGUGUGGAUUGCUUCGUCUCGAGACCGACGGAGAAGAACAUUUUUAUGAUUUUCAUGUUGGUCAUUGGAGGAGUAUCUCUGUUCCUCAAUCUCCUGGAGAUAUUCCAUCUUGGCGUCAAAAAGAUCAAGCAGAGUAUCUAUGGAUCUAAGUACAACGGACAAGACGACAGCAUUUGUAGAUCAAAGAAGAACUCUAUGGUCCAACAGGUGUGUGUCCUUACCAAUUGCUCGCCACAAAAACUUGCGCACUUGACACUUCCCGUGUCUUUCGCAAAUGUGCCAGACGGACAGGUGGAAACUUUGCCUCACUACAUGCCAUUGACUGGUAAUCUUUCUAACCAGAGAGUGCCAAACAAUGACCCUAAUGGACAUGAUCAGCACCCCAGACAGAACCGACUUCCAAGCCAGCCUGAAUUUCAAGCUCUCCAUCAGCUCGGGUCCACAGAAUGCCGAUCCACCUUGGAUAACCGUCUACAGUCCUGCAGCAGUGAGGAGUCUGGACCCAAAGGCUUUGGGCAGCCAAAACAUCUGAGUCAGCAGCCCAGAGCUUCACUAAGGGCCAGUCAUAUAGAGAUACCUGCCGCCUUAAGGAACGCCCUGCGGAACAAGAGUCGGGUCAGCCAGUGUAAAGACUUCAGCGAGGAGAGCGAUUCCUCAGAGAGUGGAAACUUCCCCACUGGCAGAAAAGCCAGCUUUAUGUCCCGGGAGCUUUCAGAGAGUUCAUCGGAUAGUCCAAGUUCCAAGAACGGAUCAGAUGCAGAAGCCAGCCGUCUAGCUCAGGGUGAGAGUCCCGCUAUGACACCACCACCAGCCAGCGGUCGAAGAAUGUCAAUGAGCAUGAUUCUGGAACUCUCUUCGAUCAUGAAGAAGUGA